CACAGUACAAGGAAUCCGAGAAGAAAAGAAAAGUUUUGUCUUUGGUUUCAAAUAUCAAAGAUGGAACUUUUUGCAAAACUCUUCUCGGCCUUGGUUCUGUGUGUAGUUGUAAUGGCACACCAGGUAGUUGCAUUGAAUGAAAAUCUAAUUAUUGGCAAGGAAACACUGCUAACAGGAAAGCUUCUAAUCAAUAAGGUAUGCACAAAGUCUCCGACCAGAGAUCUCUGCAUUGAGGUUCUCUCAUCCGAUCCAUUAGUUAGCCCUACUGCUAACCUCAAAGACUUAGCAAUUAUUUCCCUUAGGUUUGCUGCCACAAACGCUUCCGGCAUCCUCAGUGAUGCCAAAAUUCUCAUUGAUGACGUCAACCUAGACCCUGAUGUCCAACAAGGUUUGGCUGAUUGCAAGGAGAACAUUUUGGAUGCAGAGAGCCAGCUAGAGGACACCAUUGCCUCCUUGAUGAUCGGUUUGAAAUCUGAGGCACAACGUUGGCUCAAAGCUGCCUUGGCUGCCAUAGACACUUGCGAUGCCUCCAUCCCCGGAGAUGAUGACAUUCUCUCUGUUGAUAGUACUGUCUUCCGCAAGCUCUGCAACAUUUCCAUCACCGUUACUAAGCUCCUCGUUAGGUCAAAUAAGUUAUAAAAUCCUUCGACAUUCAUCGUCUCCUUGUCAAUCUCAAUUCCAUCAUUAUAUCAUUAUAUUCCUACUGCACACUGUUAUCCGAGGUUUUUUGUAUCUAUCUUAUUUUCUGCUAAGUCAGAAAAUAAGGACUCGGACAAAUAUAAGUUGUGCUUUAGAAAUUACAUAAAUUAUGUAAUGAUAGAUUUAAUCUCAUUCAAUUUUUCUC